CAUUAUAAUGUUCCCACAUUUUUCAUAGUUACGAAUUCUUCGGUUGAGCGUGUGUUACCAGUAAUUACGAUUCCGCCAAGGUUACGCACGUGCCGCUAACUUGAUAUAAAUAUAAGCAAUUUUGAUCGCAUCACUUUCGAACGGUCACUCCCGCGGACGGCAGCUGCGUAGCGAUUGCGUAGCAUGUAGUUUUCUCGCGUCGCGUCGCAUCACAGGGUGAGAUCGCGCGGAAGCGAAGGUUGCGCCCGUGACCGCGCGCGCGCCCGCCCGCCGUCUGCCGCGCAAGUAGCGCAGUAUCGCGCCGUGCUCGCCGCCCCUCGGACCUCGACCCGGGACCCGGUUCAGCUCGCGACUCGACCGAUGUGAUGUGCCUCGUGAGCUGAUGAUGUGCAGCCGAGUGUGUGUAGUGACGGAGUGCGCGAGCAGAGAGCGGCGGCGCCCCGCGCGCCCGUAGCGCGCCAUGUGGACGCUCCUGCUGCCACUGCUGGUACUCCUCGCCCCUGACCCGCACGGAGUGGACGGUGGUGGAUUUUCUUUAAGCCCGACCAAGGGUUUCUUUGAGUGUGCAAGCCAGAUCCUGUACAUGGACCAAGAUGCAUAUCAACUGCCAACUAACUACAGUAGAAACAUUCCACCCGAUAAAAACACAACUGUUUACAUUGGGAUUAACGUGAACCGAGUGUCUGGAGUUGACGAAAAUAGAGAGCAUUUUUUGUCCAAGGAGAUCACGCUUGAUGUUUUUCUCCAAGUAUCAUGGGAAGACAUGAGACUGAAUGUGCCUUUCAACAAAUCAUACAUUGACCUGCCCUGGGAGUUCCGUCAACUCAUCUGGAUGCCCGACCUGUACAUAUGGCAGCUCCAAACAAUGAAGAUACUUUCCGUCCUACAAGAGAUGGCGUCGCUCAGACUCUAUGUCAACCACACCGUCUCAGUCAGUAUUGGUGCCACGAUAACAAUAAAAUGUGAAAUGGAUUUCGUCUUGUAUCCACUAGACGUACAAAACUGCGCUAUUGAUUUUAGCAGUUACAAAUACACAAGAGAGGACGUGCGCUUCGUGUGGCGAGAGGUGGCUCCGUGGUCCGGCAUAUCCGGUGAACAGCGCCGCGAGUUCCGGCUCCCAAAAUACGUGGUCACAUUUGUUACGGACAAAAGUGAACAUUCAGCAGCAAGACUACAAAUCAAGCUUUCCCGUGAACUACGAGGUUACCUCCUCGAAAGCUAUUUGCCUUCAUCUCUCUUCGUCAUCAUAUCUUGGGGUAGCUUCUGCGUGAUCCCUGAGAUCGUGCCGGGUCGUAUGGUCCUACUGGUGACUACUCUACUUUCACUCGUCACCAUGUUCGAUACUGUCAGCUCGAACUCUCCAGACGCGUUGGAGCUUAAAUGCAUCGAGGUGUGGCUGAUCUCAUGCACGAUAUUCGUGUUCCUGGCUCUACUGGAGUACUUCGUGGUGCUAUUCGGCAUCCGAUACGACAAGAGCUGGAGUCGCCGGCGGCAGGACCUGCGGCGAGCGGCCUCCGCGGCCCAGCUCGCUCCACCACUACAUAUCAAUCAUUCUCAGAGGUUAAGUACACCGGCAACCGGGACGCCACAGGGUGGUGCUUUCUCGCCACAACUAAGCUUAGAAGAUGAGGGGCUAAAACAACAAUUCUCACAUCAAACGAUACAAAGGUUAACCUCUUCGGAGAGAAGGCUUCGAAGGGACAAUAAAGUCGGAUGUGAGACGAGAACAGUUAGUAAGGACUCGCCGAUAUUGGACAUGCCAGGAGACGCGUCGGACAGUUUCUUGACAAGGUUCGCAGCAAAGGUUGACCAUGGGGUCAUGUUCUGUGGCGCCCAGCACGGGGCUCUGGACCGAUAUGCCCUAAUGGUGUUCCCUUUAUGUUUUCUUCUUUUCACAAUAAUCUACUGGACUACAUAUCUUAGUGAAGCGCAUCGAGCAAUGCACGAUUGACUUUUGUGUUGUUUCACAGAUAAUUUUAUUAGUUUCAAUUGUAUAUAAGUAAUAUUAUAGCUAAGUCGCUAGUUAUAUAAAUAAAGUGUUAAUUUUGUUUAUUGAUGCAUAAAUUUAAUUAUUAAGUUUAAAUUAUGAUAAUAAUUAACUAUAACGCGAAGUUGUUUUGUUAAGGAGUUUAAAUGUUUAUUAGUGUUAAAACUUUUUGAAAAUACGACAUAUUAUAAGUAGGAUAGUUUAUUUACAACGAAUAAGGUAUCUUAAGCUUUUUGUUAUGUUUGAAGCCCUAAAGAAAAAUUACUUAGGUAGGCACAUGUCUUUUUCUUUUUUAUGGCUCCAAAACAUGGAAUUUAAACAGUUAUUUAUAAUAUUAUACUUAAUGUAAAUAAUAAUAUGAUAGUAUGGCGUAUCUAAUUAUUUUGUUAAAGUUCGGUUUACUAAUUGCAAAGCGAAAUAUUUUGUAGAAAGAUAUCAUUAAUCAUAUCCUCAUAGUGGCAAUACCAUAAUAAAUAAUUAAGUACUUAAAUAUCUUUUUAACAUUAUAUUUUAUGGGUAGCCAAAUUAAAUUAAACUUUUUCCGUCCUCUUCUAAUAUCAAGUGUAGGCAUAGAUUAGAUGACGAAACACGUAAGAAUUAUUUUGUAAAAUAAACAAAAAAUAUGUAUAGGUAUAAUUGAGAUAUUUAUAUCCGCAAACAUAAGCAAGUCUAUGAAAGUCAUAAGGUCCUAUCUACCUCUCCAGUAUCUAUCUAGGUAGAUAUUAAUGGAGAACUCACAGGUAUGUAGGUUUCCUCACGAUGUUUUCCUUCACCAUUAAAGCAAGUGAUAUUAAUUGUGUAAUUCUGUGGCCGGUUCCAUGACAAAUAAAACAAAAUAACCGCUUAAAACGUACCUACUUUACUCGGAAAAGUUAGAGGUGCGUGGCCGGGAUCGAACUCUCAACCUCCCGAACAAGAGGCGGACGUCUUAACCACUAAGCUAUCAAGAGUGUUUGAAGUUGCUUUAUGAAAAGAAUUUUUACAAACUUGGUUCAAUACGGUAUUAGAACUUUUUUUUAUUCAAUGACAAAUAAUAAUAGCCUUCGACUGCGAUCUUGAAUGAUGAGAUGGAAGCGGGCUAACCUGUGAGAGGUAGGAUGAUAUUUUUGUUCAACUCGAUACUACCUAUUUUGUUUCUACGAGGCAUCGUACCAGAACGCUAAACCGAUAGGCGACACGGCACCUCUUUAUAAGCAGUUCGUAAAUUGCCUCAGCCGAGAGUAGAACCCGGGAACUCAGAUUUAUAAGACCAGUGUUCACCACUGUGCCAGGGUUCAAAAAGUGAAGGCCCAAAAAUCGUAGGCGUUAGUAGUUAGGUAUGUUAUGCUUUUUGUAACCCUUGCUUGGCUUUGCGGCUGAAAUUCACGGUCUAGUCUGCAAAACAACAUUCUCUAAAGGUAUGUCGUUUUGCUCGGGACUGUAAUGGGAUCAGACUUCAGUAGGUAACAAACACGCCUUUAUUAUUGUGCCUUAUGCCACGUAUUAAUAGAUAAAAUUAAAAGGUUUUUGUGACUAGGCUAACUAUAGUCUAUCCACGGAAAGAAGUUAGCACAGGGCUCUCUGUUAUGACGGAUUUUCCUCGCGACAAAAAAAAAGGCUCUGUCUGUUAAUCCCUUAUAAAGGACAGUGACGAAAAUUUCAGUGAAUAUAAUAUUAUGUACAAUUUUAACCUAACCUAAGAUUUUCACCAAAGAGAUCGUGCAAUGACUAUUUUAUUAAAACAGAUACAAUGUAAUAAAAAAGAUAAUUACAGAAGCUAAAAUAUAUUAUACUAAAAAUAUAUAUAGUUGAAGAUUUAACUACAUUUUUUCGAGGAACAUUUAUGUUGAAGCUUUCUUAAAAUAUAAAAUGCAGGUGAGUUGCAUAAUCCGUUGCUGAGUUAGUAAAACUCAGUUGGACAAGUAAUAAUAAUUGUGGUUCUCUACUUGACGCUUUUUGGAAUAUUUUGUUAGGGUCGUGAAAAAGACGAGUUAGCUUAUUAAAAGCUUCAUAAGUUUCCCGUUACAUAGCUAUAAAUUU